CUGUAGUUAUCCACAUUUUUGUGGCCAUGCAAUUUCUCUCAUUUUCGUACUUUCUCCCACUCUCCCACUUCCUCAUCCGGCUAUGGCCACCACUAUUCCCCGCAAUCACCAUUUCAACCUUCCACUCACUGCCGUCGUCCACCACAAACUUCCACUCCAUCCUUCCAUAUUCCUCCGCGCCAAUCACCAGACUAGUUGUCACAUUUCCUAUCAAUCUUCUUGCAGAGUGGCGUGCAAGGCUACCGAAGUAUCGGUGCCUCAAGAGUCUGUUGCUGGUGACGAUGGUGGGAGCGCUGAGAACUGGGUGCCGGUAGUGCCGCUGUCGGCGCUGCCCAAGGGGGAGCGGCGGGUGAUAAUUCAAGAGGAGGAGACGAUAUUGCUUCUAUGGUACAAGGAUGAGGUUUUCGCCAUUGAGAAUAGGUCUCCCGCUGAGGGAGCUUACAGUGAAGGGUUGCUCAAUGCCAAGCUCACUCAGGAUGGCUGUAUAGUUUGCCCAACAACUGAUAGCACAUUUGAUCUUCGUACAGGAGCCAUCAAGGAAUGGUAUCCAAAGAACCCAGUGCUGCGAGUCCUAACACCUGCUUUGAGAACACUAUACGUUUAUCCUGUAAAAACAGACGAAGAAAAUAUUUACAUCAGCUUAAAAAGUGGUGUGAAAUCUGAUGCAGCUGCAGAGAUUGUCUUUAGUGGAAAGCCUCAACCUGGUGUGACUGCAACUGAUAUCAACAUUGAAGAGGUGAAAAUGGUAGUUGAUGAAGGUUACGAGGGGUUCGGAUUCACUGGAAAGAAUGAAUUGAUAAACGGGAAGGCAGCCAUAAUUGGUUUCCUGCUACUGUUAGAUUUUGAGCUCCUGACAGGGGAAGGAGUUCUGCACAGAGUUUUUCAAGGUCGACAGAACAAGUUCAAGGGCGUGCGGAGAAGAAAAUGGGGCAAAUGGGUGUCGGAGAUUCGAAUUCCCGGCACCAAACACCGGCUUUGGUUAGGCUCUUAUUCAACUCCGGAGGGAGCUGCUGUUGCUCACGAUGUUGCUUUCUAUUCCCUGCAUAGGCCUUCCUCCUUUGACGCUAUUAACUUCCCGUUGCUGUUGCCUCAAAGUAUAUAUUCAAGCAGCUCGCCCAGGUCGAUACAGAAAGCAGCAUCGGAUGCUGGCAUGGCUAUAGACGCCUCUGCCAGGAUGAUGGAGAAACAGCCAGUGGAAAGCGACGUGAAUUCUGGGAUAGUUUAUCAGUGUUUGGGGCUGGAGGAUGAUUGUUUUUGGUCAUGGGAGGGGAGUGAAAGGAGAGAAGGGGAGGCGUUGAGCAUUUCUGUUGAAGAUUAUCUCUAGUUCAUAUAUACUGAUCAAUAUGACUAACAAUGCUUGUAUUUUAUGGCAGUACUCCACAAUUUACAUCCUUUUCCAGUGAUGUAAAUUUAUGGAACUAUGAAUUUAAUGGUUGUAAAAUGGGGGUUAAUUAUUAAGAAUAUUUUCUGCUUAGUGUAAGAUUUGAACAUGA